AUGUAACAAAACACGCGACAACGUUGUACCUGCUUAAAGGAGCCGUUGUGGUGCCACCAACCAACUCACCUAUUAUUCAAAGAAAAACCUUAAUCGCUUUGAUCUUGAACGGAAAAUAUUCAAAGUGUUUUUUAAAGAAGGAACUGAGAAAGGAUUUGACAAGUGGAGACUGUACGUUUGUGGGACUCUGGCAGUCGCAGAAGAGAUCUAUAAAAAGCGUUUACUCGGCCAAGAUGUUAAGAAGAUGAGAAAAACAAUACCUGCAAAUUAAGACCAGCUGCUCAGGACGUCUGUAGAAGUGGUCCAUCCGACAAGUAUGGCUUGAUUUUUUUUGUAUGAACAAUGGGCAGAUUUUGACAGCAGCACUCAUGCUUCAGGGAAAUAAAAAUAAAGUUUGCGGCGUCAGAUUUUGAUAUUCCAUUCUGAGAUUCGUUUUGUUGUAUAUAUUGUUAUUAGUCGGCAAGACCACCUGUUUGGUGUGGCAUAUUCACCAUGGCCAAAGUGAUCCAAAAGAGGAAUCACUGGACCACCAAAGUUAACGAGUGCGCGGUCCUCAAAGACGCUCAGAGUGACUUGAAUGUGCCAUUACUUGGUGGUGCAGAGAACGGAGAGUUCGCCUACAUCGGACAAGUUAACGAGGAUAUCGUUAUUUACAAAAAAGGAAAAUUAACAGAGGGGGAGUUGAUAUUGGAAGUAGAGAACCUAUCGAUCUCUGGAUUGCCUCUGUAUGAUGUACAGACAGUGAUAAAUAAUUGCAAGGGUCCCAUCAGAUUGAAAACAGUCAGACAAGGAACCAAGCUGAAUAAGGACCUGAAGCACUAUCUGAGCCAGCGCUUCCAGAAGUCCUCCCCGGACCACGAGCUGCAGCAGACCAUUCGAGACAACCUCUACCGCCAUGCCGUGCCUUGUACAACCCGCCCCCCACGUGACGGAGAGGUCCCUGGAAUAGAUUAUAACUUCCUGCCUGUGGAGGACUUUCUGGCGCUGGAGCAGAGUGGGACCCUUCUGGAAAUAGGAGCAUAUGAAGGUAACUAUUAUGGAACACCCAAGCCGCCGAGGCAGCCCCCUAGUGGGAAAGUGAUUACCAGUGAUGCUUUGCAAGACAGCCUCCCGGGCUCCCAGCACUCCACUCCCCGACGCACCAAGUCCUACAAUGAUAUGCAAAAUGCUGGAAUAGUGCCUGUAGACCUGGAGGAGGACGAGGAACUCCCAGAGAUGAACAGUAGCUUAACAGAUAAUAAAUAUUUUUCUAGAAAUACUAGACUCGUGAACACAGGAGACUCGAGUGAACCCGACGAGCACCCCUACGCCCCGCGUGAGAACGCCCCGUCCUACGGUGUGAACAACACAUUGUCAUCCACCACGGAGGGCUCUCAGCAGACACACACACACCUCAGCCAUCCUCCCACAGAAGAGGACCCCCUGGGACCUCUAACAGACAACUGGGAGAUGGCCUACACCGAGAACGGAGAGCUCUACUUUAUAGACCACAACACAAAAACUACUUCCUGGAUCGACCCACGCUGCCUGGACAAACCUCCCAAACCUCUGGAAGAAUGUGAAGACGAUGAAGGGGUACACACAGAAGAGCUGGACAGUGAGCUAGAGCUGCCAACAGGCUGGGAGAAAAUAGAUGAUCCAGUCUACGGGGUUUACUAUGUGGAUCACAUCAACAGGAAGACCCAGUAUGAGAACCCUAUACUGGAGGCUAAGCGGCUGAAGCAGCUCGAGCAACAGCAGCCACCAGAAGGUGAGCGCUACAUCCGAGAAUGGAUAGAGGACGCCACCCUGGCUGGUGCCCCCCUGGCCAGCUAUACCGCUAACCACCAGGAGACCUACAGGGACCCCCAGGCCGGACCCCCACUGCCGCCCCUCAUCGGUCCCAAACGAGGGAAGCCCUUCUUCACGAGGAACCCAGCGGAGCUAAAGGGAACCUUCAUCAACACUAAACUGAGGAAGAGCCACCGGGGGUUCGGCUUCACCGUAGUCGGGGGCGACGAGCCUGAUGAGUUCCUUCAGAUCAAGAGUCUGGUUCUGGACGGGCCUGCUGCCCUCGAUGGCAAGAUGGAGACAGGUGACGUGAUCGUGAGUGUCAAUGACACAUGCGUGCUAGGCUACACCCACGCCCAGGUGGUGAAGGUCUUCCAGUCCAUCCAUAUUGGCUCCAUGGUCAACCUGGAGCUGUGCCGCGGCUACCCCCUGCCUUUUGACCCCGACGACCCCAACACCAGCAUGGUGACCUCCGUGGCCAUCGUGGACAAGGAGCCGAUCAUCAUCAAUGGCCAGGAUAGCUACGACUCCCCGUCCAGCCACGGCAGCCAUACUGGAGGCCCUGUUAAUGGCAUGAGGGAGUCGAGACCACACAGUCCCUCCUCCGCAGAGGUGGCGUCCAAUGGCUCGCACGGUUACCUCAGCGACUCUGUGACGCUGGCGUCGUCCAUAGCGACGCAGCCGGAGCUGAUCACAGUGCACAUGGAGAAGGGAGACAAAGGCUUUGGGUUCACCAUCGCAGACAGCCCUGCAGGGGGAGGACAGAGGGUCAAACAGAUAGUGGACUACCCCCGCUGCAGGGGCCUGAAGGAGGGGGACAUUAUCGUGGAGGUGAACAAGAGGAACGUCCAGAGCAUGAGCCACAACCAAGUGGUGGACCUGCUCAGCAAGUGCCCCAAAGGAAGUGAGGUCAGCAUGCUGGUGCAGAGAGGUGGAGGGGUGGCACCUGCAAAGAAGAGCCCAAGGCUGCAGUUAGUGAGGAAGGACAGUCAGAACAGUUCUGUGUCCAGCCACCGGAGUACCCACACUGACUCCCCUGUGCACACGUCCCUGGCCCCCCCUCUCAGCGAGAGUACCGCCCCUCCACCCCCCUCCCAGCCUCUGCCCGGCCUGCCUCCCCAGGACCCCCAGGCAGACGGGACCAUUCACAGGAAACCGGACCCCUUCAAGAUCUGGGCCCAGUCCAGGAGCAUGUAUGAAAGUAGGGUGCCUGACUUUCAGGAGCAGGACAUCUUCCUGUGGAGAAAGGACACAGGCUACGGGUUCAGGAUCCUGGGAGGGAACGAGCCAGGAGAACCGAUCUACAUAGGGCACAUAGUGAAGUAUGGGGCAGCGGACGAAGAUGGGCGCCUGCGUUCGGGGGAUGAGCUCAUCUGUGUGGACGGCACGGCAGUGAUGGGCAAAUCUCACCAGCUGGUGGUACAGCUGAUGCAGCAGGCCGCCAAGCAGGGCCACGUCAACCUCACCGUGCGACGCAAGACCGGCUACGGAGUGUCUAAAGGGGAGGGCGAGGUGCCCCCGUCCCCAGCCUCGUCCCACCACAGCAGCACCCAGGCCCCCUCCCUGACUGAGGGGAAGCGGACCCCCCAGGGUAGCCAGAACUCCCUCAACACGGUCAGCUCUGGCAGCGGCUCCGGCAGCGGCUCCACCAGUGGCAUCGGCAGCGGGGGCGGCGGGGGCUCAGGGAGUGCUGUGGUCAACACGGCCCUGCAGCCCUACGACGUGGAGAUCCACCGCGGGGAGAACGAGGGCUUUGGAUUCGUCAUCGUCUCCUCCGUGUCCCGACCCGAGUCUGGCACCACCUUCGCUGGAAAUGCAUGUGUGGCCAUGCCCCACAAAAUAGGGCGUAUUAUCGAGGGGAGCCCUGCAGACCGCUGUGGGAAGCUGAAGGUGGGAGACCGUAUCCUGGCCGUCAACGGCUGCUCUAUCACCAACAAGUCCCACUCAGACAUCGUCAACCUGAUCAAGGAGGCCGGGAACACUGUCACGCUAAGGAUCAUUCCCGGAGACGAGUCCUCUAAUGCAUCACUGCUGACCAACGCUGAGAAGAUCGCCACUAUAACAACCACUCACACGCCCCAGCAACAGGCUGCACCUGAGCCCAGAAACAACACCAAACCAAAACAGGAGUCCUCUUUUGAGUUCAAAUCCCCCCAGGCCCCUCCUCCCCCCGCCCCAACAACACAACCUACAGCCCAGGACGCUGCAUUCUACUCAGUGGACUUGGAGAGGGACAACAAAGGUUUUGGGUUCAGCCUGCGAGGAGGUCAUGAGUACAACAUGGACCUUUACGUGCUGAGGCUAGCCGAGGACGGAGCGGCCGUACGCAACGGCAAGAUGAGGGUGGGAGAUGAGAUCCUGGAGAUCAACGGCGAGAGCACCAAGGGCAUGAAGCACGCCCGCGCCAUUGAACUGAUAAAAAAUGGUGGCCGCCACGCCCGCCUGGUCCUCAAGAGGGGUGACGGCUCGGUGCCUGAAUAUGACCCCAGCAUCGACGGUGUCGGCCCAUCCACAGGGAUACAAAACGCUUCGGAAGUGAGCACCCUGCCCCACAACAACACACCAUCGGUCACCAACACACCAGACCCUCACAAACCAUCACAGAGCAAGGACAAGAAGGGCCACCACCAUUCCAAACACAGACACCGCUCCCCAGACAGGAAGAGCAAGAGCAAGGGAGGGGCGUCUGGGGAGACAGGGGCCUCCUCCAAGCAGUCCAAGAGGAAGGGCGACAAGAGCAAGAGGUCUGGCGGGGAUAGCCACGGCACUCACCACCACCGGAGACACCGCUCUCCGGAUAAGGGCCGGAGCCGGGCCCGCAGCGCAGAGAAAACCCUGGACAGUAGACACAGCCAAGGACACAGAGGGAGGGAAGGCCGCUCCCCUGACAGGCACCACACCCACCGCCACCGCUCUCCCUACAGGUCCCCUCAACGCAAUCGGUCACCCUAUGGCCACCGCUCCCCCUAUGGUCACCGGUCACCCUACCGCUCCCCCCACCGCUCACGCCAACCCUCCCCCACCCGCUACCACCGCACCCAGUCAUCUGACCCCUACAGGCAGCCCUCCCCAGAUAGACUGAGGGGCCGGGAGCCAGAGAGGCCCAACCGGGAGGUGGCACCAGUGCUGAGGAAGCCUCCUGGCCCUAUGCCCAGCCCCUAUCUGGAGGAGAGCGUGCUGCGGGAGCCUCCAGCCUUGGACCGGCUCAACAGGGAGGCCACGCUGCUGAGGGAGCUCAGGGAGGAGCGCCUAUUUGGGGAGGACAGCCUUCUGCUGAGGGCCUCUACCCUGGAGCGUGACUACAGAGGAGAUAGCCUGUUAUCUGCUGCUGUCCGUGGCCAGAGAGGAGAGACCAUGCCUAGGGUCCACACCCCCGAGUCAGACAGCGCCUACAAGAGGUACAGCUCACUGCUGAGGGGCCGCUCGCCUGAGAGGGUAGAGAGAGAGGCAAGCUACGCCCCCAGACAGGAGUCCCCAGACCCCCGCUACAGAGUCCGGAGUCUGGGCCGAGACAUCUCAGCUGUUAGGAGCUUCAGAGAGCCGGAGGAGGAGGAGGAGGAGGAGGGAGCAACAGCACCCAAGCUGAAGGAGUCUUACAGCACACUCAAGUCUGACGCCAGCCGUGCUUCCAAAGCGCUCCCGGAGCCCAAGCGGAAGGCCUACAAAGACAGCCCCAAAGACCUGAGCAUCUGAUGGGACGUCUGCUGUAACACAACCAGCCCCCCCCUCACCGCCCCACGGCACCAUGGUUCCCUCUCACCACUCAGCUCUACACUUCACACAGCAGAACCCACCUGGACCCUGGAUGAACCUAACUUAUUGAUUAUAUGACAUUCCUCCGUUCCUACUAGACAGUGAUUCCAAAACCUACCAACUUUUAACAGCAGAAGUACGAUAUCUUAUUUUUGUCCUUUUUGUUAGAUUUUUUUGGGGUCGUUUUUUGUUAUUUGGUUAAGCAUUGUACAUUUAUCUGAAUUUUACAGAAAAUGUAAAACCACAAAAAACAAUGAUGUGCCUAACAGUUCCAUUAAUGAGCGUAUUUUUGUUUUGUUUUUGUUUGAUAUGAGACGGCCGUGUUCUCAGCCGACUGUCUGGUGACUGGUAUGUAUUUUUCCACUGAGCCCAAGGAGGCAGGCAGCACACAGCCCCAGUGACUGGUGCCACCAACACAGAUGCUGUGCAUGUCUUUACGGUUUCAAUGUCUUCUCUUUUCUUUCUCUCCCCCAGUGCCACUGUUUUCUAGACAUUUGACCAGACUAUAGCACAAGCCUGCAUUUGUUUGUAUAUUUUUGACUGCAGUAUGUGUACAUUGAGGUGAUCAAAACGAAUGAAGGGAAAAUAAAGUUAAACUAUGAUGACGAUGAUGAUAUUAAAAUAAUAUAUUAAACAUA